AUGACGAUCAAGAAAAAGAAGAAGAAUAAAAAGAAGAAGACAACCAUUAAUUCUGGAUCUGACUUCUCCACCACUUCAUCUCCCCAACUUGUUGACACCCCCAAUACUUCCACCAAAUUAUUACCAUCACCGCCUGUUAAUGAACCAACCGCUGCCAUAGGGGCCUUGUCUAUUAUUAGGGAAGAAGCCUUGGCUGCUCUGGAAAGAAAGGGCGACCCCCGCUACCGCCCAAUUGAAGAUUCAGAGUUUAUUGGAUUAGAUGAAUGCAAUGACAGCCCGACUUCAACUCCCAACAACCCUACUUCAGCUCCCGACAACCCAAUUUUAUUUUAUGUUUGA